AUGGAAGAGGUAGCCCCAGUCGAUAGCGACAUGAAACGAGAAGCCGAAGUGGUUCGACAAGUCCGUGAUACCGAGCCCGAAACAUCGCCAACCCUCGGCGCUACCGUUCCAUCCAAUUCGGCCGCCCAGGCAAUUCCAGAAAUGGAAUCAAUCUCGGAGAAGUCAGACAUGGCCAGCCCACCCACAAGCACCUUCAGCAAGCAGGCGAGUCGCAAUUCCGGCGGAGUCGAGUUCUGGAACUCUUUCGAUGGCCGCUAUCGUACUCCACCACCAAGUCGCGCACCAGGAGCAUCCGCCCAUGACGACGAUAUGGUCAUGGACAUGACUCCCUCCACAACAAUUGGGUCGACCACCGACUUCAAGCCCCGCUCGCGCUCAUCCACCCCGCAUGCACAAGGCACCGCGGGAAUUAACGAAAUCAAUCGCAAGCGACGCCGCGAGGACGACUUUGAUCCUAACCUCUUCAAACGCCGGGCCGUGUCACCGAGUGUGAGCGCCCAGAGCAGUCCAGUAAUGACCCACUCGUCGACCGUCGACACCGGGCCAAGUAUCUGGGGACCUCCGUCUAAACUUGGUCCCCCUUUCUCUGAACGGCCCAGCACAGACAAGCGCACGAGUCUGGACAAUGGCAAUCGCCCCAUUCCUCAUACGGGGACCCCCAAGCGAGUCGGUCUGCAGGGCAUGACCGAGGCGAGCGAUGGAUUUAUGAAUAUGAGCAUCGAAUAG